GCGAUACGAUAUGUCUUUGAGUUAGAUUAUUCGUAGACCUUUUUCUUUCUGUUUCGGUUUUCUCUCUAUCCACUGAUCGGCUUAUCGGAUCCGAAUCCGGACCCGAAAGCCCGACGGAAGAACGAUGUCGGAGUCUCCGUCGGAUGAUGCAGCGUCGCACUGGUGCUACCACUGCAACAAGCGCGUCGCCGUUGAAACCCAAGACGACUUGGCCGUAUGCUGCGAAUGUAACAAAGGUUUCGUGGAGUCAAUCCAGCCGAUUCCCGCCGCUUAUUCUUCUUCGGCGGCGCCACUUUCCCCAGAUCUGACUGUCGAAGACUCAAGUAUUGGCUCGCAUUUCCUCCAGAUGCUCCGCUUGUUAGCCCACGCGCCUUCGCAGCGGCCACCACCUCAACUUGAUGUAUUGUCUUACGAUGACGAUUUCUUCCGAUUGGAGCUCAAUAGUGGAAACGAAGAAAUCGAAGACGAAGACGACGAUGAUGAAGAUGAAGAUGAUGACGAGGAGAGGGAAGAGAAUUUAACCGUCUACGACGAGGAAGAUGAGGAAGAAGAUCUGAGGCAGAGAAAUCGCGGGGGGAUAUUCUCUCUCUCACCAACACGAUCAAGAACCGGACGAAACCGAAUUCUCGACUGGGCUGAGAUUCUGAUGGGAAUCGAAGACAAUUCCAUCGAGUUCCAUAUGGAAUCGGACCGAUACACAGGAAAUCCGGGUGAUUACAUCGACGAUGCAGCAGGGUACGAAGCUUUGCUUCAGAAUUUAGCGGAAGGAGACGGUACUGGCGGUGGAGGAAGGAGAGGAGCACCACCGGCUGCAAAAUCGGCGAUUGAGGCGUUGGAGACUUUCGAGGUUGGUUCUUCUGAGGUGGAGGGAGAGGGAGAGGGAGAGACGGCGACGAUUGUUGUUUGUGCUGUGUGUAAAGAUGCAAUGGUGAUGGGUGAGAUCGUGAAGAAGCUUCCCUGUGGACAUCGUUACCACGGGAACUGUAUUGUGCCAUGGUUGGGAACAAGGAACUCUUGUCCUGUUUGUAGAUUCCAGCUUCAGACUGAUGAUGCUGAGUAUGAGGAAGAGAGGAAGAAACGAACUGAUACUACUACCUUGCCCGAUUCUGCUGCCUCUUCUUCCGCUUCUCGUCUCUAGUAGUGUGGACAAGGUCUCUCUAUUUAUCCCUUUUGGUUCUUACUUUUUCUCUUUAGGUGAAAACAAAAAAAAACAUUGCUAGUCUCAACACAGAGAAACCAAAAGACUCCUGCUCCAAAACAAAAAAAACAUUGUAUCCAAAGUAUGUUGUUGUAUUUCUUGGUCUACAUCCCCCAAGUGGUUUCUCUGAUUUUCUUCAGUGGUUUGUUUAAAAAGUUUGCCGAAAAGAAAAACGUUUUUAUCUUUCCUGGGACUUUAAGAAGCGAUCAUGCGACUUCGUGAGCCUUUCCGAAGUACUUGUUUAUAAACGAGGACUGCACAACGCCAACAAAGAUAUCAGAUUCAGAGCUUUUGUAGGAAACGAAAUGGGAAAGCAAAUAGGAGAAAGGCAAGAGACUGUUUGUAUGGGUUUGUACCUUCUCGAUUCCUGAUAGGUCGGGUGUGUCUGGUGUAGACAGUGGAUAAAACUUGUACAACUUCAUCUCUUUGUAGGCUUCCUUUGUUUCUUCGCUCAUUCCUUCCAUUGCUUUCUCUCGAGCUUGUUUCGCCUGCCAAUUGUAGAAUUAUAUAUAUGCGUUUUUGCAUUAUUUAUUUUACAGUUGCGUGACUAGUAUCCAUAUGAAAA